AUGACUCCAGAAGAUGUGGCAAGGCUUAUUGCCGCAGUUACUAGCAAAAAUCACGAUAAUGAUCCUUCACAUGUUAAUAACUCAGAAUCUCCUGGAUUUCGGUUGGUAAAUUCUUCAUUAAGAGGACCAGAGAAUUAUCUCUCAUGGAGCAGAUCUGUAAUGGUAGCUCUCAGGGCGAAGAACAAGUUAGGGUUUAUCAAUGGAACCAUAGCUCAACCUGAAUCACAGCCAGUCAGGCAGGAAUAUGAGAGGUGGUUACAAGCAGAUAAGCAUGAAUAUGACAACAGUAGAAGGCUAAUGCAGUUUCUAAUGGGACUAGGUGAUGAAUACGACAAUGUAAAGAAUCAGAUCCUUUUAAUGGAUACAUUUCCUUCAAUCAACAAAGCUUAUUCCAUGAUUUUAAGUGUUGAGAAGCAAAGAGAGGAAACCAUUACUACCAACGAAAGGAAGACAAGAAAGAGAAAGGAAGACAAGAAAGACAAAUAUUGCCCCAAAUGCAAAAUGAAUGGCCAUACCAUAGAUAACUGUUUCAAAAUUCAUGGAUAUCCAGACUGGUUCAUUGAAUUACAAAAGAAGAAAGGAAUCAACAUGACUGGAACAAACACGGUGAAUGCAGUUCAGAUGAAUGAUACACCUCUGCAGCAGCAAAUGGAUUAUCAGACGGAGCAAGUUGAUGCCGACAUCAGGAAUGUUCAUUUUGCAGGUACCUUACUCAAUUCUGUCAUUUAUAGCAUUGAUUUUAAUUGCAAAAGUAACUGGAUAAUAGACUCAGGUGCAACAGACCAUAUCACUGCUAAUCUAUCAUUCUUUGACCUUGUACAAAAAUUGAACCCUCCCAAAACCAUUAGAUUACCUGACAAUUCUACCAGACAGGAUUUACAGACUGAGGAAUUACUGGCAGUGGGAAAAGUAUAUGAAGAUCUAUACUACAUGACAAAAGACUUCACCAAUAAGUGGAAACCAAGUGCAGCUAAAGCUUGGUCUGUUCAUCAACUAGACAUCAACAAUGCCUACUUGCAUGGGUCCAUUGAUGAAACUAUAUACAUGCAAGUCCCACCAGGUUAUGACAAAGCUCACACAGGCCAAGUAUGUAAAUUGCAGCGAUCUCUCUAUGGAUUAAAGCAAGCAGGGAGACAGUGGAACAAGGAACUUUCUGCAAGCUUAAUUUCUAAAGGUUUUCAACAGUCCAUGUUUGACAACUGCCUGUUCACAAAAGGCAAAGGCGAUUCCUUUCUUGCUAUUUUGGUUUAUGUUGAUGAUUGCAUUAUAACAGGACCAUCCGAGGAGCUCAUUCAAGACCUCAAAGACUAUCUGCAUCACAAAUUCACUAUAAAAGACCUGGGAUAUGCAAAAUAUUUUCUUGGUAUUGAAAUUGCCAGAUCAACUGAAGGGAUUCUUCUCACUCAACACAAGUUCAUCAUAUAUAAAUAUCAUCAAAGCAUCUUGGGAUUGCAGAAUGCCAAAAUACGCAAUCUUCUUAUAUUCUCCUUUUUAUUGCGAUGGACUUUGAUAUCUCAGUGUGUCAGACUAUGGGGUUAUACUACCAGUCUUCCAAAAUCCCUGUAUUAUGUUUUCAGUAAGAACUUGUUGGCAGGCACAGUUAUAGAGGCCUAUCCUUUCCAUCACAGAAGACAUGAAGCUAAAGAGCUUUUUCUUAUGCAGACUGGGGCAUCAUGUGCUGAUACUAGAAAAGUCUACCACAGGAUACCUGAUAUUUUACCUAGGCACUGUCUUUUUCAGAUAAACCUUUUGCUCAUGGAUCUUGGCUGCGGACCACUGAUAAGGUCAAUUUCUUGGAGUCAGCUCCCUUCAUUUCUAGCGUUCAAUAUUUGGACUCAUAUCAUCAAGGUCUUGGGGGAGUCAGCUCCCUUCAUUUCUAGCGUUCAAUAUUUGGACUCAUAUUCAUCAUGUUUUCUAACGAUUAAGGAAUGGAAAAACCUUAGCGUUCAAUAUUUGGACUCAUAUCAUCAGUUUUCUCGAAAAGAAAUGGAAAACCUGUUUGACAACCCAACUCCAGUUUAUUCUGGAAUUGGGAAAUGUGUUGUUGAGACUGACACAUGUUUAGUACAAUCUCAAGGUGAAGAAUCCCGCACAAGAAAAUUUUUGAUAGAACCAUAUUGUUCUGUCAAAGAUAGAUUAACGUUAGCUAUUGACUACUUGAAAGAAUAUGUGGAACAUAGAGAUGUGCUUAUUCAAAUAUGGGUGCCUACAAAAAUAGCAGGUCAAAAUGUGCUUACUGCUACUGACCUGCCUUAUUCUCUUAAUCCGAGUUGCUGGAGUUUGGAAAGUUACAGAAAUAUUUCGAAAGCAUUUCAUCUCACAGCUGAGGACUCAAAAGAGUCAGCUGGGUUGCCUGGACGUUUCCUGGAAAAGUUUCCUGAAUGGACUCCUGAUGUUAGAUUCUUCAGGAAUGAUGAAUGUCCGCGAAAAUAUUGUGCUCAGUUGUAUAAUAUUAGUGGGUGUCUUGCAUUGCCGGUUUUCGAACAAGAAAGUGGAACUUGCUUGGCUGUUGUUGAGAUUGUAACGACAACUCAGAAGAUCAAUUAUCAUUUAGAACUAGAAAUGAUACUUGUUAUUUUGCAGGCUGUCGAUCUAAAGAGUUCGCAAGAUUUCUUUCCUUUUUGUAUAAAGACUUGCAAUGAAUUCUACCAAAUUGCAAUUACAGAAAUAUUAAAGAUUUUAAAAUCUGUCUGUGAGACUAAUAAUUUGCCUUUAGCUUUGACAUGGGCAUUAUGUAACCGCCGAGGCAAAAAUGAAUGCGAGCAGGUUUCAGGGAAGUAUGAUUAUUAUAUAUCAACUGUCGAUUCUGUUUGCUACAUGGCUGAUAGUGAUCUUUUCGGAUUCUAUAAAGCAUGCUCCACGCAAUACUUAUUUCUUGAUCAAGGGAUCGUAAGGAAAGCGUUCCCAAGAAACAAGCAAUUGUUUGCUACUGAUGUAACCUCCUUUAGCAAAACAAGUUAUCCUCUCUCUCACCAUGCCACGAUGGAUAAUUUGCGUGCAGCUUUGGCAAUUCCUCUUGCAAACAUAUACACCGGUUCGAUUGAAUUUGUCUUAGAGCUAUUCUUGCCAAGAGAUUGCCAAGAUAUUGAAGAGCAAAAGCAUAUGUGGGAUUUCUUGCCUAUUGUGAUACAACAGUGUUGCAGGAAUUUCCAUGUUAUUAUGGACAAAGAAAAGGAAAAUUUUGCUUUUGUUUCAUGGGAAUGUCUGAAAGAAGAGCCUGAAGAAGAGUUCAAGAUUAUAAGUCAUUGGGAUAAUAAUGAAUCAGCAUUUUCGGAGUUUGAACAACUUCAAGAAAGUUCUGCACUUAAAUUUGGUGUUGUUGAUGAGCGUAAAGAAAAUUCUUCUGUUGGUAUAGAUUUCUCAUUGAGCAAAAACUUAAGAGCAGGUGAAAAUAGACAGACUAAGGCAGAAAAGACAAUCGGCUUGCAAAUUCUUCGACAAUAUUUCGCUGGGAGCCUUAAAGAUGCUGCUAAGAGCAGUGGAGUUUGCCCCACUACACUGAAAAGGAUAUGCAGGCAACAUGGAAUCAAUCGUUGGCCUUCUUGAAAAAUCAAGAAAGUUAAUCACUCUUUGAAGAAACUUCAACUAGUGGUCAACUCUAUCCGCGGCGCAGAGGGUCUAAUAUGGAUUGAUUCCUUCAAUAAUACCUUUCUUGAAUUGAACUCACAAGGAAAUGAUCAUUUACUUCAACUAGUGGUCAACUCUAUCCGCGGCGCAGAGGGUCUAAUAUGGAUUGAUUCCUUCAAUAAUACCUUUCUUGAAUUGAACUCACAAGGAAAUGAUCAUUUUCCAUCACUCACAACCUGA